AUGAGCCACAGCACCCGGCCGUGGGUCUGUCUUACCAUGGCUGUGGUCACUGCUGCUCAGAGCUAGUCUUGGGCACUCAAGGGGGACCAUGGUCCAGCAGUGCCACAGCUCCGAAGGUCCAGACUGAACAGUUGCCACUCGUGACUCAGUGCUGCUUCAGUUUACUCACAUGCUCCAUGAACCUUUUUGCUGAGGGUUGAGCCGCAGGCCAGGCCCUACUGUGCCCUGGGGUCUGAACAUGGUGGUCUUGUGCAGAAGAGGGCAGAAGGCAGAAUAAGCCAAUGCUGGGGGUGUCCAGACCCCGCCUUUGUGCCCGGCCCACAGCUAGGGUCCCCAGCCUGCCACCUACCUCCUCCCGCCUCCUCUGCCCUCCUCCCCUCUCCCCUCCCCUCCCCUCCCCUCCUCCACAGUCCUUAUAGCCACACCCCGCAAGGAAAACCCAGACUCUGGCGACAGCGGAGACGAGGAUGUGUGUGGGGGCUCGGCGGCUGGGCCGGGGGCCGUGUGCGGCUCUGCUCCUCCUGGGCCUGGGGCUGAGCACCACGGCGAAGCUCCAGUGUGUCGGGGACACCUACCCCAGCAACGACCGGUGCUGCCAGGAGUGCAGGCCAGGCAACGGGAUGGUGAGCCGCUGCAACCGCUCCCAGAACACAGUGUGCCGUCCAUGCGGGCCUGGCUUCUACAACGACGUGGUCAGCGCCAAGCCCUGCAAGGCCUGCACAUGGUGCAACCUCAGAAGUGGGAGCGAGCGGAAGCAGCCGUGCACGGCCACACAGGACACGGUCUGCCGCUGCCGGGCGGGCACCCAGCCCCUGGACAGCUACAAGCCUGGAGUUGACUGUGCCCCCUGCCCUCCAGGGCACUUCUCCCCAGGAGACAACCAGGCCUGCAAGCCCUGGACCAACUGCACCUUGGCCGGGAAGCACACCCUGCAGCCAGCCAGCAAUAGCUCGGACGCCAUCUGUGAGGACAGGGACCCCCCACCCACACAGCCCCAGGAGACCCAGGGCCCCCCGGCCAGGCCCACCACUGUCCAGCCCACGGAAGCCUGGCCCAGAACCUCACAGAGCCCCUCCACCCGGCCCGUGGAGGUCCCCAGGGGCCCUGCGGUUGCUGCCAUUCUGGGCCUGGGCCUGGCGCUGGGGCUGCUGGGCCCCCUGGCCAUGCUGCUGGCCCUGCUCCUGCUCCGGAGGGACCAGAGGCUGCCCCCCAAUGCCCCCAAAGCCCCUGGGGGAGGCAGUUUCCGGACUCCCAUCCAAGAGGAGCAGGCUGAUGUGCACUCCACCCUGGCCAAGAUCUGACCCGGGCCCACCAAGGUGGACGCUGGGCCCCGCCAGGCUGGAGCCCGGAGGGUCUGCUGGGCGAGCAGGGCAGGCGCAGGCCGCCCGCCCCGCCACGCUCCUGGGCCACUCUGCGCCGUUCUAGGUGCCGCUGGCUGCCUCCGGUUCUCUGCUUACGUAUGCCAUGCAUACCUCCUGCCUCACGGGGCCACAAUAAAAGCCUUGGCAGACGGGAGUCUCUAACUGGCA